AUGUGUGCUACAUACCACAGGCGUAUUUCUUUGACGAAGGACCACAAGGUUAUAUCUUUAAAAGAAUUGAAGCUGUCACCUGUAAAAACCAGAAACAAAGAGCAAUGUCCUAAGCAUGCAGGGAGAACAAUAGAGUUUCUCUGUAAGGAUCAUUCUGUACCUUGUUGCACGAUGUGCAUUUGUGUUCAACAUAGAAAAUGUGACAAAAUAGAAACUGUAAAGGGGUCGGCAGAAAGAAUACGAAAGGGCGAGUUUGAUAAUCUUGUUAAAGAAUUGAUAAAACUGGAAGACGAAUUAAAGAGUAUACAAAGAAAACAAGAGGAAAACAUUACACAGAUAGAGAAGGGAACUGAACAGGUAUUUGAGGCUACCGAAUCUUUGAUUUCUAAAGUCCACAAUCGUAUUGAAAGGCUGAAAAAUGAUUAUCUUGACAAUCUAUCAGCUAAAGCUAAAGAGCACAAGGAAAUUCUAAGAAAGAAUGCAGAAGCUAACGGCGACAGAGUAACGUAUCUGAAACAGGUUGAAAAAUCACUUAAAAGCUUUGAAGGAGAGUUGGAUGAUGCUACGUAUGUUUCAGAAUUCUAUAGAAGUUGUCAAAAAUACAAAACAUUGAAAUUACACCACGACAGAAACAGACCCACUCUAUUCAAAUUGACAACUUCUUUUGAUGACAGGAUUAGAGAUUUUGAAAAAAUCAACACAUUUGGUGAUUUUAAAUUUUGGGGAUAUUAUAUUUAUUCUCAGAGAGAUAUUAAUACAGCGAAACCUGCAACGCUUGAAUGUAAGGGUCCUCUAAGAAAUCCACAGACGAAAAUAGAUUACGGAUUUCGUGGAAGUAAAUUUGAUUUAUAA